GAAAGAGGGCUUAGUUUUGCAUGUUCCCAUCCAUCGUGCACGACGCGAAAGGCCCCUUAUCCACAUCUCCUGUGUACAAGGAACACCUCCACGGUGAUCAGCCUCUGCCUCGUGUUUGUCUUGUGGAGAAGCAGCAGCAGCACCUUUUCCAGGAGUGCUUUAUUCAACUCGAGUCCUGACGCUUUUGGACGCGGUGCUUCGGGGAUGUCGGCACUUUGAGAGCUGCAGCAUCACCCAAACAACCCAAACAACUGCCAUCGAUUUUUCUGUGAAUAGCAACAAAAAAACAAAACAGAAAAAACAAAAAAACAAAGAGGAACAAUAGCAACAAAAAAAAAUCGCGUCUAUUGAACAAUUCACGUUUUUUUUCUUCUUCUUGUUCCCCUGUCUGUGGAUAGCACUCCAACUAAGUACGGCACUUUGAGACUUGUUCACAUCGUUCCAAGUCAGGACAGACAGAAGAGGGAGACGAGACCUGUGGACCAGCCGUUCCCUCGCACCGCUCGCGACUGAUCCCGCAAAACCCUGAAGGAUACCGCGUGUGGACGUUUAUUUACCCUCAUUUCGCAGGAGGCUCCCCCUUUUGCACGCAAAUUGUCCUAAAUGUUUGGGAUUCAGGAAACUAUAUCGCGGGGUGGCACCACGAUGAAGGAGGAACCGCUCGGUGGGCUCAAUUCGGUCCGCUCGUGGAUGCACACAGCUGGGGUGGUGGACGCGAACACAGCCGCCCAAAGCGGUGUUGGCUUGGCACGGGCACAUUAUGAAAAGCAGCCCCCCUCCAACCUCAGAAAAUCCAAUUUUUUCCAUUUCGUCCUGGCCCUGUACGACAGACAGGGUCAGCCUGUGGAGAUCGAGAGGACAGCUUUUGUGGACUUUGUGGAGAAAGACAAAGAACCAAACAGUGAAAAAACUAACAAUGGGAUACAUUACAAACUACAGUUAUUGUACAGCAAUGGAGUCAGGACAGAACAGGAUCUUUACAUACGGUUAAUCGAUUCAAUGACAAAGCAGGCGAUAGUGUACGAAGGCCAAGACAAGAACCCAGAAAUGUGUCGAGUUCUCCUUACCCACGAGAUAAUGUGCAGCCGGUGCUGCGACAAGAAAAGCUGUGGGAACCGAAACGAGACUCCUUCAGACCCUGUGAUCAUCGACCGAUUCUUCCUCAAAUUCUUCCUCAAGUGCAAUCAGAACUGUCUGAAGAAUGCAGGGAACCCAAGAGACAUGCGCCGAUUCCAGGUCGUCGUUUGCACGACGGUCAACGUGGACGGCCAUGUCCUGGCUGUCUCGGACAACAUGUUCGUACACAACAACUCCAAGCACGGGCGAAGGGCUCGCAGACUCGACCCUUCAGAAGCAGCCACCCCGUGCAUCAAGGCCAUCAGCCCGAGCGAGGGAUGGACCACAGGGGGCGCCACCGUCAUCAUCAUAGGGGACAACUUCUUCGACGGCCUGCAGGUUGUCUUCGGGACCAUGCUCGUAUGGAGCGAGUUGAUCACCCCCCACGCCAUCCGGGUGCAGACCCCACCCAGGCACAUCCCCGGGGUGGUGGAAGUCACGCUGUCCUACAAGUCCAAGCAGUUCUGCAAAGGAGCCCCUGGGAGAUUUGUCUACACCGCGUUGAACGAGCCCACCAUUGAUUACGGUUUCCAGCGGCUGCAGAAGGUGAUCCCCAGGCACCCGGGAGACCCCGAGAGGUUACCAAAGGAGGUCUUGCUGAAGAGAGCAGCUGACCUUGUUGAAGCCCUCUAUGGAAUGCCUCACAACAACCAGGAGAUCAUCCUGAAGAGGGCGGCCGACAUCGCCGAGGCGCUCUACAGCGUUCCCCGCAACCACAACCAGAUCCCGUCGCUCGCCAACACUGCCUCCCACGGCAUGAUGGGAGUGAACUCCUUCAGCAGCCAGCUGGCCGUCAACGUGUCCGAGGCCCAGGGCAACGACCAAGGUGGGCACGGACGCUACAGCCGGAACACCAGCAGCGUGUCCCCCCGAGGCUACAUCUCCAGCACCACCCCGCAGCAGUCCAGCUACAACACCGUCAGCAACAGCAUGAACGGCUACGGCAACGCUGGCAUGAACCUCGGGGUCCCCAGCUCCCCGGGCUUCCUCAAUGGCUCCUCCGCCAACUCCCCGUAUGGAAUUAAACAAAAGAGCGCCUUCGCUCCUGUGGUCCGACCUCAGGCAUCCCCCCCCCCCUCCUGCACCAGUGCCAACGGCAACGGACUGCAAGGUGAGCAUCCCUCACCCCCCCAUCCUUUCCCUACGGACUACUGGUCAGACACCGCAGCUCAGGCCUCAGUCCGGUUCGCAAUGUCCGGCCUGGUUGUGCCCCCUAUGUAAAUAAAUGCACUUUUAGAAAAAAAAAAUCUCAAGCACCAAUCGACUCACUACCACUUCCCUGGACUGUCCCUUGUAGCACCCAGCAGCAAUGCUGGUGCAUUGUAUAGUAAGCAGCAUAUUGUCUUUUUAACAUGAAGGAAGAAGAAAAGGAAAAAAACAAAACGUUUUUUUUUUUUAAGGACUUGGACUUAAAACACGGAAGGAUUUCUCACUAUGGAUAUUUUUUUUGUCUGAGGGAAUUUUUUUGUCUUACUUUUUUUGUCUUUAUUUGAUCAACAGUGAAGAGGACACGAGACAAGUGUUUAUUUUAUAUACCUGGUGGUUGAGGUUUGACCUUGGCUACGGCUAGAGGUCAAUUCAGCCAUUCAUUCAGUACUGGAAGAUACUCUGUGGACUCACCAUUCGGUUGUAUAGUAAAACAAAAAAUAACUGAUGUAUUGUACAGUACGUUUGAACUUAUUUGCCUCAGAAAUUGUUUUAUGUUUCAACUCUCUUUGAAUAGAUUCACAGUUGUGUGUCUUUAUAAUGUGACUUUUUUGUAUUUUUAUGUGUGAGAAAAAUAACCAAGGGCCAAGUUUGAAUUUCAACUGGAAAAAUAUAUGGAAUAUAUAAUGUAGAAAAACCGAUCACAAAUUACAACAAAUACACGUUAAGGGGUAGGGAAGCUGGGCGGGUAAGUUUGUAUCAUGUUUCAUUCCUGCAUUUUAAAUUAAAUUUUGUAAUUUAUUGUAGCUAGAACUCAUCUUCAAAAAAAAAAGAAAAAAAAAGAAAAACAAACAAAAUACAAAUGAAAAAAAAUCUCUUUGAGUCAACAAAGCACACUGAUGUGUAUAAAACACUUUGCUGUGUUGAUAAAACCGAUGUACUUCUACGUCUAGAGCUUCCUUUUAAGCAAGUGUGUUUUGUCAUGUUUUCCACUUUUUUGCUAGCACUGUAUAUUAAUGCAUUCCUAGGCUACUGUGAAGUUUCUUGUUGACAGAGGUCGCAGCCUCCUCCUCUUCCUCCUCCUCCUCGCUCCAAAAUCCCGUAUGUGUUUUCUAUGUGGUUAUAAAAAUUGUAGACUAUUGUGAUAUUGCCAAACUUGUGCUAAAUAUUUAUACAUCUGUCCUUUUUCCAUGUUCUUUUAGAAAUCGACAAAACUUUGAAAAAACGUAACAUUGAAAUCCAUUUCAGAUUGUAGGUUUAUGGUAGCUCAUCGUCAUCUUUGCGUUCCAAUACACACUUGCGCUCACUGAGGGAAAUUUUGUAACAUAUCAACUAUAAAUAAUGUAUUUAUCUCCGAAAUUUUGUAUAUUGCUUUUCAUUAUGUAUGUAUUAAUCGUCAUGCCCUUGGUAUAGUGAUGCAGCACAGAUACUCCAGCCAAGAACUGUUGCCUUCAUUUCGUUUUGUUUUCCCUUUUUUGUAUUUGAUGAACUGCAAUGUCCAUAUAUUUCACGUGUAUCCUCGAAAAAAAACUACUUGUUUCACUCUGUCAAGACUCUCUGUCCAAUUUUGAAAAAAAAGGGGUGGGGGGGAAGUCAAACUUCAUUGUUUAUUUUUAUAUUGAUUUUAAAUUAUCUAUACAGGCCAUUUUGGAGAAAAAAAACUUUGUUGGUUGUAUUGUCAAAUAAAUUGUUUGUGACCCAUAUGAUAGUUGUUAAGAUCCAAUAGACUAAUGUGCAUGAGGGAAACAACCUUGGAGGGGAACAUGAACUCACUCCCAUCUGUGGUUGUAAAAUCUUUCUGUUUUUGUAGACUUGUAUGGAGGCCAUUUUUACUCACCAAGUAUGACUCUGCCACAAUAGCUUAACAUGUGUUUACAGGGAAAGAAAACGUCAAAAAAUGCCACAGUUUGGAAUGAAACCCAGAAAUGAGUGAUGAGUGAAAGUGAUGUUUUAUUAAAAGUUUUCAGUAAAAAACAACAACACACACAGUAGUUCCUCUCGAAUGUGGAAUUCUUGCUGGCUGAAAAACUGGCAACAAAAGAGAAAGCAAAGCCUGAUUCACGACACGGACGACGAAGAAGGAUUAGCCAGUGAUUUGUCUAACGGUAGUAGUGUUUAGACUUUACCACAUUACUGUUACUGCAACCUAACGGACGUGUAAUACCCAUUAAAAGUUGAGAUUUCUCUUA